AUGACCUCUCCCCAAGGCAAUAGUCUUGCAAAUGUUGUUAAUAAUGAAAUCACUGCAUCAGAUCAUCCUUGUCACGAAAGUUAUAAUGAAUACAAAUCUAAAGCUCGUCAAGAUGCUGUAACAACUGUGGAAAACUGGGACAAGCGCAAAGAUGAUUGGGAGAAGCUUUUGUCUGAUGAUAAACCCUUAGAGAAUGACGUAGUGAACUGUAUACAGUCCACCCUCAGAAUUAAGCUCCAAGAAGGCAAUGCAGACCGACAUGCUUUCAUUGCGUUCAUGGAAGAAUCCAAACGGCAGUUCGACUUAUUUAAUGAUCAACAGAAAGAGAUUGAUGCCGACUUUGAAACGUUGGGUUCGGACAAAGCUGCUUUGCAAAAAAAAAUCAGCGAAGAACUGGCGAGUUCUAAUAUUGCUAGUCAUGCCACAGUUUCUGGCAUUGACGGGGCAGGUCAAAAGCGCAAGCUAGACAAAACCAUGGAGAAAUACAAAGACGACAGCUUCGUCAUGGAGCUUUUCAAGGCAAAGGUGGAAGCGGAGCAGAAGAGCCUGAUAGACAGACAAGGGAGGCUGAAAGAGGAGCAGAAGAGCCUGAUAGACAGACAAGGGAGGCUGAAAGCGGAGCGAGGGGAGCUGAAAGCGGAGCGGAAGAGCCUGAAAGACCGACAAGGGAAGCUGAAAGCGCAGAGGGAGAAGCUCAUCGUCGCAGUGCAAAACCGGGUCAAUGACAUUGGUUCACGUCAUGAAAAGGCUCAGGGAAAACUCGAUAAUCAUGCCUCGUUUGGCAAUGAAACGACAGUUAAAUCUCACCCAACCCUAGAGAAUAAUGCACAAAAGAACUCUCGCUCGGCUAAACAAGUCCCAGAAAAACCUUCUAUCAGUGAAGUGGAAGUGAAGGACUUUCUGAGCAUAUUGACGGUGGAAAAGAAAGAUCGGUACUUGGAAAAAUUGGAGGUUCUAGCCGAUAAUCUUGUUGGACUGAUUAGUUUGGAGGCACCGUGCACUGGCGCUGGUCGUGAUUGCGACGCCAGAGAAGUGAAGGAGAUAGUAGCAAAGAUCCUUGAUCCUGGGUUUCUCGAAUCAGCUUCCCCACCGUGCGAGAAGAAGCUCGUCGUCCGAGAUUGGAACGAGACUGCUGCUGCACAGCCCAUAGUCCAUGCCAUCAUCUAUCGAUUGCUCGGCAUUGUAAAUCUUCGUCACCUUCAUGUGUCCAAGGAACAGAAAACAAGAGGCAAAAAUGUUACCGAGAAGGACCGAGUCAUGGAUUUUUUGGUCCAUGAAAUCCGUGAGCACGUUUUUCAUGCCUUUCCAAGCAUGAUUGAAGGUAUAGUUGAAGUGAAGAGGUGUGAACGCAAUCCCGAAAAGGAUGACGAACAAAUUAAUCGCGCAGCAAAUCAAGUGGUCGGAAACUUUGCGAAGAGGUUGCGAGGGGAGCUCAAUUUUCUAGGUAUUGGUGUGGAUUGCGACCUGUAUGGAGUUGCUGUAUCUUUGUCCAAGAUAUCGGCAGUCAAAGCAUCGCUGGGGGGUGUGGGAACGAAAGAAGUUAGCGUCUUAUUUACCAAGUCCAAGCCUAUUGAGUUCUUAUCUCAAGAUGGUCUUCAGCUUCUGGCGUGUGCAUUGAGGGCCAGUUUUAAUCUGACAGGAGUGAAGUGUGCCGAUGCCACACUAGAAGCAAAACUAAAGUUACCUUCGUACGGAGGUGAGGAUGAAAUGACAAAAAUAUCGAUUGGCCAGCUUUUGGGUUCCGGAGCCUUUGGGAUUGUGUACCCAGUUCAGCAAAUCAAAUCUUCGUGCCAUGAUAAUUCUGAAGAUCCGAAGAAGUAUUUUAUAAAGAUUCCAAUAUCCCACCUGGCAUUGAGUUCGCUUGAGGAUGAGGCAAAAACCUUGGAUAAACUGAACAAAGAGAAGACUGGAAGAAGUAAAGUUCCCAACAUUCCACGUUGCGAAGCGAAGUGCACCUUCGAUUUUGCUUUGAAUGGCUUUCAGGGUAAAACGUAUGGCCUUCUUCUCAAUGGUAUAAUUGGUAAGGCUGCCAAUACUUUGGAUUGGAAUGGGACAUGCAACAAGCAGCACCUACCCUCUGUCAUGGAAAAGGUGUACAACACUCUCGAGGCUGCACACAACCGAUGUGUAUAUCAUCUGGAUGUACGCCCUGGGAACAUUAUUGUGUCUGACAAGCAUACCUCCCAUGGCAAGUCGUCUACCGCUAGGGAUGUGGACAUAUUGGUGAUUGAUUGGGGUGUGGCACUCAAUGGUGAUGAAGAUUUCUCGUUUCGCGGCUGCGUCCCAUACGCUCAUGAUGAGCUACUCGCGAUUGAUAGAACACCAGCCAAACCAAAAGAGGUUUAUGACUGGGCUUCACUAUUGUACACAUACUACCACUUGCAUGAGGGUGAUUUACCAUGGAAUCUCUUGAUGGAGCAUGGGAAGCGAGUUUGUGAUACCGGGAUGAGAAAGAACGUAGUUUCAAAAUGGUGGUGGGAGCAAAAGCAGGAAGAUGAAAAAGAAAAGCGCUGUUUUGUUGAAGCGUUUGCGAAAGUUCUUCCUGAAGAAAAGAUUGCUUAA